UAUGUUGUGCUGCAUCCACUCCAAGCUAGAUCCUUCGUGACAAUGGGAAGAGCUAAAAGGGUCAUCGCUGCCUUAUGGUUAGCUUCGUGUGUUUUUUCAUGUCCUGCACUAUUUAGUAAGAAAUUAACCGUUCACUACUGGGAGGAUGAGCUAGAACCCUAUUCAAAAACCUGUAGCAAUGGUUGGCCCAAUGAGACCGUUUCAAUAGUCUACUCUGUCUACCUGUUUCUUCUAAUGUUCUUCGUUCCUCUAUUGAUCGUUUCAUAUGCCUACAUGAUGAUAGCAUGCCAUCUUAAUAGUACCAGAGAACGAUCGGGAGAGUCCAACGGUUCUCCUUUCAGCAGACCGGUUCUACCGAGAUAUCGGGUAUGGUACCGGAAUACAUCGGGAUGGUCCAGUGGUUCAUCAUUCGUUCGGAGAGGUGAAGCUGCGAGCCAGUCCAAUGGUGUAACCAUCGAUGACGAUACGACGGAAGCAGAUGCCUUACGUUCUGAACCUUGUAGGAUGGGUAACCUGAACGAUUCACCGGCUCCAAGAAGGCAUCGGGGCACCAGUGAAGGCGAUAAGAUACAGAGGGUAAUAACAAUGUUGGCCAUAGUGGUGGCGCUGUUCAUCCUGAGUUGGGGUCCCCUGCUGACAUACACCUUGAUCUAUCGGUUCAUUGAGGACAUCCCCUACAACGUACACGCUCUCCUCAGCCUCUUCCUUCACCUACUAGCAGCCUGUAACAGCUGCAUCAACCCCAUCAUUUACGCGUUCCUCUCCAAGAACUUUCGGCAAAGUUUCAAACAGACGAUCACAUGUCACACCCACAAACGUCGGCGUUCUAAACGUAGGAGACUGGGCAUGCGCAUUAGAAGGGUUAACCAAAGAGCAUUUGAGCUAAAUGACGAAAAAGCAUUUUCUCGCGUGUUCCUGGACGAGACUUGCAGGACUAAAGAUGUCAUCACAGAGGAGGUAUCAACGUCACGGCCUCGUACGACCAGCUUCCAGCUUCAUAUGUUUGACUGACACUUCUUCCAAAAGGACGCUGAUCUUUUUUUUAGAUAUAUGAUAUUAACAGAGAAGGGUCCUCUUGAGGA